AUGCAGGAGCAGAUGGCACUUCGGCUUGUCUCGGCCUCCUCUUUGCCGCAGGAGCUUGUGAGGUGCGUGCUUGGAGUGAUCUGGUCCUGCAGCCUCAGCCAGAAUCUGGACCCAAGAUUCUACAACAUUGCUUCCCAUGCGUUGCAGCAGCAGGGUCGGGCUCUCGACGCUCGGAACCGAAUACGUGGCAGACAUGGCACAGGUCGUAGAAACCAAACAGGAAUGGAGCUGGCCGGAUGGGCCGGACGGGCCGGACGGGCCGCUUCGGCCGAGGCAGCGCGGGGCCGUUUUCCAAGCGUCGUGCUUGACUUGCCGGAGAAGUUGUUGAUUCUGAAGCCUGCUGGCUGGGAAGUCUACGACGACAGCACCGAUGCGUUCCAGCUGCGGCAGUACCUGAGACAUUUGUUCCAGUUCAAGGUGCCCAUUCUCGAAGAUCCUGACUUCAACUACGGCUUCUUGCAUCGGCUAGACGUGCCAAGUUCGGGCUUGAUCCUGGCUGCCAAGUCCUUCACAGCAUACUAUGGCUUGCAAGCACAGCUUGCUUCAGGAAGGCUGCUGAGGCAUUACCUGGCCGUCUGUCAUGGCCUCCAAUGCACAAGGCGCAUCGAGGCGCCCCUGUCCUGGCUGGAGAACGCCAAGUUGGGGGGUCUGUCGGGGUCGGGCCUCUCCUUGACGCGCAGCGGCCCAGGCAAGCCAGCACGCACGGACUUCAAGCUCCUCAGGCGAGCUUUCUCAGGGCCGGGAAGCCGUGGGAAGAUGUCUGCUCUGUCGAGAUCCUCUGAGACCUCUGCGAGAUCCGCUUUCAAGUUCCUGAGGCCCUUCUUCCGGUCCUUGAGCUUGGGCCAAAUCGAGAUCGGGACGGGGCGCCGGCACCAGAUCCGGAGCCACCUGAGCCACGUGGGAGCUCCGGUCCUCGGCGACGCGAAGUACACGUCCCAAGAGACCUUCGACGACUUCGACGACUUCGGCGAAGGAGACUACGAGGGAGACGAAGGGCACUGCAAGACCCGGACCGCCCUGCACCGGUUCCGGCUUUGCUUCCAGGAGGAGCUCGGGUGGCGCAACGUCACCGCCUUGCCGGACCCAGGCUUCGAGGACUUCCUCGGACCUUUCUUGGACACAGGCCUUAGCGGGCCCGAACGACCUUCGGACCUAUGGGAUCUCUUGGAACCGGCGUGA